ACGGGUUCGUUGCCUGGGCGCGCUCGCUUUGCUUGUUCGGCUGGCUGGUUGCUAGACUCGGGAUGAAUUGAGUUUUUUUUUUCUCCUGCGGCCGAGCAGGGAGCUUUUGCAAGUGUUGGACGGCGAAGAGAGAGAGAGAGUGAGAGAGAGGAAGUGCGAGAUGAGACGCCCUGACGGGGUGCGCGCCUGUGUGUCUAUUCGCUCGUCCGUUCGUCAUGCGAGUCGCGGGAGAGAAGGGGGCCCCGGGGAGAACUGGGGCGGGCGCAUUGAACACUACGACGCUGGGGAAUGUACUGUACAUGAUAAGAGACCGCGGCUGAGGGUUGCGCUGGAAUGCAGGACACGUGAAGUCCCGAAGGAGACUGACGAUAUACUUACUGCGGGCAGGGGGGUCAAGGAAGGUCUUGAUUCACAUCACUCAGGGUCUUCUUCUUCUUCUUCUUCUUCUUCUUCUUCUUUUCUCCCUUUCCUCUUCUCUCUCAAAAAGCUGCUCGCGCGCUUCGGGAAGGGGAGGAGAGAAACCUCAGUAAGGUUUCGCGUUUCUGGCGAAGUUGCCCAUCUCGACCCCGAAGGUUUCGUUUUUGUUUUUGUUUUGUGGAGAGUCGCAUACGGCAUUAGGUUAUAGGUAGCAGUGAAGAACAAUAAGCUUCUCUCCCGGUCAGCUUGGAGGGAGAUGGGUUUUGGGUUAGGUUUCUUUGAGUGUUUCUCCAACCCUCGCCCACCCCCUCUCUCCUUGACUCCUCCUCUUCCCCUCAUUUUCCCUCUGAUUCAUUCUUUGUUCAAGACGUCCCCCUUGAUCUUUGAUCGGAAGACUACUUACGUACACUACGACCACGACCCU